AUGAGUGUGAGACUCCAGGGAUGUGUAUGAACGGCCACUGUGUGAACACGGAGGGGUCGUUCAGGUGUGAGUGUAUGGCUGGUCUGGCCGUGGGUCUGGAUGGCCGCGUCUGUGUCGACACACAUAUGCGCAGCACUUGUUACGGAGGCUACAAGCGGGGACAGUGUGUGAAGCCAUUCUUCGGAGCCGUGACCAAGUCAGAAUGCUGCUGUGCCAGUGUGGAGUACGCCUUUGGAGAGUCCUGCCAACCAUGCCCACCCCAAAACUCAGCUGAGUUCCUGGCUCUGUGUAGUAACGGCCCCGGCACCACCAGCGAUGGCAGAGAUAUCAAUGAGUGUGCUCUGGACCCGGACAUCUGUCAGAACGGUGUGUGUGAGAACAUGCUGAGGACCUAUAAGUGUAACUGUAACAUGGGCUUUGAGGUGGACACCACUGGAAAACACUGUGUUGACAUAGAUGAGUGUGCAGUGAACAGGUUACUGUGUGACAACGGCCUGUGCAGGAACACUCCAGGUAGUUUCACCUGCCACUGUCCCACCGGCUUCCUGUUCCACGCUGAGACGGAUGUCUGCGAAGACAUUGAUGAGUGUGAGUCGAAGCCGUGUGUGAACGGGGACUGUAAGAACAGCCCGGGGUCCUACGUGUGUCUCUGCUCAGCAGGCAGCACGCUGGACGCCUCUGGAACACAGUGUAUAGAGACCAGUAAAGGCACAUGUUGGCUGAAGGUGAUUAACGGACGCUGUGAGAUCAACAUCAACGGAGCCACUCUGAAAUCCCACUGCUGCUCCACACUGGGAGAGGCCUGGGGAAGUCCCUGUGCCAAGUGUGAACCAGAUCAGUUUUGCACUAAGGGUUAUGCUAGAGUCAGAGGGACCAUCUGUGAAGAUGUUAAUGAGUGUGAGGUGUUUCCGGGGGUGUGUAUCAAUGGGAAGUGUGUGAACACCGUGGGUUCCUUCAUCUGCCAGUGUCCCCCUGGGAUGACUGUCGACGCCACCGGACGGACAUGUAUAGACCUGCGUACAGAGCAGUGUUAUCUGAGCCACGAGGAUGAGCGUUGCGGAGCCCCUAUCCCGGGUCGUCACCGUGUGGACGCGUGCUGCUGCUCAGUGGGUGUGGCCUGGGGCCCGGAAUGUGAUGAGUGUCCGGAGAAAGGCUCUCAGGAGUACAGCCAGCUCUGUCCCAGGGGACCCGGCUUCGCUAACAGAGGAGACUUCAUUAAUGGACGGCCCUUCCUCAAAGAUAUAAACGAGUGUAAGAUGAUCCACAGCUUGUGCUCCAAUGGGAAGUGUAGGAACACCAUCGGUAGUUUCCGUUGUCGCUGUGACAACGGCUUCGCUCUGGACUCUGAUGAGAGGAACUGUACAGACAUCGACGAAUGCCGUAUCUCUCCAGACCUGUGUGGUCAGGGCACGUGUGUGAACACAGGUGGGGACUUCGAGUGCGAAUGUUUUGAAGGUUACGAGAGCGGCUUCAUGAUGAUGAAGAACUGCAUGGACAUUGAUGAGUGUGAGCGGAACCCUCUGCUGUGUCGCGGUGGUGAGUGUGUGAACAACGAGGGCAGCUUCCAGUGUGUGUGUCCCGACGGACACGAGAUUGCCCCCGACGGAUCCGCCUGUCUCGAUAUUAAUGAGUGUGAACUGAGUGAAAAGCUGUGUCGGAACGGUCAGUGUGUGAAUAUGAUUGGACGUUACCAGUGUUCCUGUGAUACUGGAUAUAAAUCCACAGAGGACAGACUGGCCUGUGUCGACAUUGAUGAGUGUACGAUCCAGAAUGGAGGUUGUGAGACAUUCUGUACCAACUCAGAGGGGAGCUAUGAGUGCAGCUGUCGCUCUGGAUACGCCCUGAUGCCAGACCUCAGGACCUGCACUGACAUUGAUGAGUGUGAGGAGAGUCCAGACAUCUGUGACGGAGGCCAGUGUACCAACAUCCCAGGAGAGUACCAGUGUCUCUGCUUCGAUGGAUUCAUGUCUUCUGAAGAUAUGAAGACCUGUCUGGAUGUGGAUGAGUGUGAGCUGAACCCAAACAUCUGUCUGAGUGGGAAUUGUGAGAACAGCAAGGGAUCCUUCAUCUGCCACUGUGACAAGGGCUACUCCGUACGCAAGGGAACCACCGGCUGCACAGCUUCUCUUGAACAUUACUGAUGCUUGGGUCAGCCUAAUCACCUGGAAUCAACCCAACACACAUACAUACUGCAGUCAGAGAACAGGAGAGGACUGGAGGAGGGAGG